AUGUCCUGCCAGCAGAACCAGCAACAGUGCCAGCCUCCUCCCAAGUGCCCCUCUCCCAAGUGCCCCUCCCCCAAGUGCCCCCCAAAGAGCCCAGCACAGUGCUCACCCCCUGCCCCCUCUGGCUGUGCUCUCAGCCCCGGGGGUGGCUGUGGCUCCAGCUCUGAGGGUGGCUGCUGCCUGAGCCACCACAGGCACCGCCGCAGGUCCCACCGAUGCCGGCUCCAGAGCUCUGACUCCUGUGACAACGGGGGCUCUGGCUGUGGCCACAGCUCUGGGGGCUGCUGA